UCAUCAGCUCUAUUGCGUAAGAGGGAAUAAUCUCGAAUUGCAAACACAAUCUCAUCAAUACGUAGUAAAUAUUAACUUAUCAUGGUCUUCCUUAGAAUAGACGUCAAUCUAUUCAGAGUCUGAUCAUCGUUUUUCGUCCUCCGUCGCACAAAGUGACCUGGGAUCUGAAUCCUUCCAGCGGCGCGACCGAUCAAACAUCACUCAGAAACUUCAUUCCGCCCCAACUCAUCGAAGUUCCAUCACCAUGAGCAAUGCAAGCAGCAAUGUAGACACCAACUUGGCAGCGGCUGCCUUGGCGAUCUCCCUCGUAGCUCUCGUCGCCGCCGUUGGCCAAUUACUCCAGCAAUACUUUGCGACAGCUGAUGGCUACCGAAGAUGUCAUAGGUCUGUGAUGGGUGAUUAUGGACGAAAGACCCGUUUGCAUUUCAGAUGGAGGGAACUGCGUUUUGAGACUCUAUACACUACUCCCGAGAUUUUUCUGGUCGGCAAUGGAGCUCCAAGUCGAGUGGGGCAAGUCCUACUCACAGACAGCAAAGAUUCUAGGGAGAAGUCUCUCGUCCACGACGAUGGCGUGCAACAUGACGAGUUGCUCCAAGGAGAUGGCACUGACUAUCAGAAGAUUCAUCCUUAUUCAAAUCACCUAAUUGAGGCUACCCCCAAAAAGCCUAGAAGCACUAACAAGCGAAAGAAGAUAUAUCGAGGGGAAAUGGCUUCCUGGGUUCCCCUCCUAAACCCCAUCCACCAGAAGAGCGGUGAAUCUUUGACUCCCGAAGAGAAGUUUCGAGAUCCCAGCGGCUUCCCUCCGUCGAAUCGUAGAUUGCCAGCCAUUAUCUUCAGGGAGAGGUCAUGGGACUUCCAACCACCUGAUGUUGUCCGACCCCUUGCCAAAACGACACUGUCGGACAUUGCAGUUAUUGCAAGGAGGAUGGGCAUGAAGUGGAAAGAGUUUCGACCUUCUGAUGGAAUUCUCAGAGCAGAAGGACAUUCCCAGACCAUCACGUCAACUACAGUCAGAUCUCUCGGUAUUGUCUUGCAGUAUGCAUAUACCGGCCAGAAUAAACGAUUGCAUUUGGCUCAAUUCAAUCUUCGCAAGAAAUUCGCCAGCGGAUCAAUCGUUCAAGAACAAGAAGAAAUAUAUAUUCCUACUGCGACGGCGGAUCGCCUAGGUUGUGGUGUGCUCAGGACGGAGUCCUUGCUAGGACUACCAGACCUUACAAUAUCUACACAAGCAGAGAUUGUCAAGAGUCUGAGUUUCCUCGACAGAACUGGUGUUUCGUCUGCGGCAUUGUCUAAAAUGCUCAAGGAGGAUCCAGAGUUCAAAUUUCGAGCUGCGGACCUCGUUGCUCUAACUACACCUCCUGCCCGAUGUCUUGGAUCAAGUCUUGUUCAAGUUCCAGCUCCAAGUGAUAAUACGCUUGGGAUCACCACAAGCUCGACAGGUCGAAGGGCUUUUCGUCAGUGCUUAGAAGAGUACAUUGUUGUUCAUCGUGGAGAGGUCGGAAUGCCAACUCAAAGAGCAUUGCAAAUAUGCCAGGAGAUUGGAACCCACUUUGCUGCAUGGGAUCACACCGACGAGUUCAGCAAGCAAGACGAACAAUGGGUGGUUAUGCGAGAUCCCAAGUAUCUAGAUAUUGUGCAAGGCCACCUUCACGAUCUAAGUCUCAUGUUAAAUGAGUGGGAGCAGGAUCAUACAUUUCGUUACAUCAACCUCCUGGAAAUCCACAUCAGAAUGGCAAUCUUCUCUGAAAAUGGAGAGAAUUCUGCGCAAAGAGUUUGGGUUACAGAUUACAAGGCAGACGUCGAUGGGUAUUUCAGACUACUACCCAAAAUUGUGGAGGAGAUGAAGACAACUGGAUUCUAUGAUCGACAAAUGAUUGUCGAUGCUUGGGUCACGAUGAUGCUCCGGGCUUUUUGCUGGGGUGCAAUCCAUUUCUUGGUCCCUGGCGAGAGGGUACCCAUCCAAUAUUACGGUAGCCAGCUCCCAGUCUACAUCGGAUGAUUCAAGGAAUCAUUGGACACAGGACAUGAGCAUGUCGAGUUCCAGAAUCUCUCUAAUGCUCUGCACAUUCAAUGGAUUCGGCCCCGACUUAUUGCAGAUUGGUUUGCAGAGAAAACUCGGACGAACUGCUGUGGGUACCGAUCUUGGCAGAGACAUGUCACCCAACCAUCAAUAGUGGGACGAAGACGAAUCUCUUAAGAUCCGUUCCGUCGGAUCAUAUCUCUCCAUCUGAUUAGAUUUUGACCAGGUUUGUUCGCUUGGCAUAAGUCAACACUGAUGCGUCGCAUCACGAAUACUGCAAGGUGCCAUUAUUUUUCCCUAGGAGACACGGAAUUGGGGCCUUGGCGGUCGUGUAUUUGCUCACUCUGAGUCCACCUCUUCCGAAGUCGCACUGGGCAACAUCUCGGGAUUUGGGGCUAUUUGUGCCCCAUAAAGUG